CUCUCAGAGUUCCAUCAAAGCGGUUCGAUUCGCGCAACAGCAAACAUACUCCCUGAAAUAUAAUACAAAAUAUUCAUAAUAUUACACAAAGUAUUUAUCCAUUAUAUUUGAUCGGCUUACCCUGAUAAGCUACACAACACAGCAGAAUUUUCACAAUAUUAAUUGUGAUUUUUGCUUCAAUUUAAAUAUACAAAAAAUAUAUAUUUGAACAAUUACAAACAGCGAAACCUUUAAAGUGCAUGGAAACGCUCAACAAAAUCUACCAGACAUAUUUCGAAGAAUUUUAAUCACACACAAACCACGGUAGAAAACUAGACAUAUUACCCAGACGGAACCAGAAGAGAAUACAAUCCGUUACACAAACUCCCUUGUGAGUUAUUUGGACUAACUUUCAUGCUCAAAGCUGACAAUGAGCACAGGAAUCAUUCAAGAUCAGCUCAAGAUUAAACACGACUACAAUUUUAUAUAAAUAAAAUAAAGAAGAAAGGUUAUGGAUUGGUUACUCGCAACACCGCAGUUGCACAGCGCCUUCGCUUCGCUGGGGUCCCUGGAGGGUGACACCUACGUGGUCAGCCCGAAUGCAUUGUCCAUUCUAGAGGAGAUUAACUACAAGCUCACGUAUGAGGAUCAAACGCUGCGCACCUUUCGUCGUGCAAUUUGCUUUGGCCAGAAUGUGCGUUCCGAUUUGAUUCCACUGCUGGAAAAUGCCAAGGACGAUGCGGUGCUGGAGUCUGUCAUUCGCAUACUGGUGAAUCUCACUGUGCCCGUGGAGUGCCUGUUCUCGGUUGAUGUGAUGUAUCGCACGGAUGUGGGUCGUCACACCAUCUUUGAGCUGAACAAGCUGCUGUAUACCAGCAAGGAGGCAUUCACCGAAGCCAGGAGCACCAAGAGCGUCGUGGAGUACAUGAAGCACAUUCUCGAGUCCGAUGCCAAGCUGUCGCCGCAGAAGUGCGAUCAGAUCAACAAUUGCCUGCUGCUGCUGCGUAACAUUCUCCACAUACCGGAGACGCACGGCAUCUGUGUGAUGCCCAUGAUGCAGUCGAACAAUCCGCAUGGCAUCACCAUGCAAAAUACCAUUCUCUGGAAUCUCUUCAUCCAGAGCAUCGACAAGCUGCUCAUCUACCUGAUGACCUGUCCGCAGCGCUCCUUCUGGGGCGUCACCAUGGUGCAGCUGAUCGCUUUGAUCUACAAGGAUCAGCAUGUCAGCACACUCCAGAAGCUGCUCAAUCUGUGGUUCGAGGCCUCGCUGUCAGAGAGCUCCGAGGACAAUGAGAGCAACACCACACCCCCGAAACAGGGCAGCGGUGAGUCGAGUCCCAUGCUGACUUCGGAUCCCACUGGAUCGGAUUCAUCGGACAAUGGUAGCCAGGGCAAUGGUAUGAGCAUCAGCAUGAGCCUCAGCAUGAGCAUGAGCGUUAGCAUGAGCAGCCUGUGUGGCAAGAAGGAGACGCCGGAGGAGCGGCAGCAGGCCUUAAGGGAUGGCACCGAAGCGACGCUUCAGGCGGUUAGCCGCAAGGGUCAGGAGUAUCAGGAUGCCAUCGAGGCCAAGGAGCGCAUGGGUUCUGCCAUGGAUGAUGCGGAGGACUAUGAGGAAUCAGACUUCAUCCACAGGCAGGAGGAGCAGGAUGAGGAGGAGGACGAGGAGUGUGACAACGAGGUAGCGGCCGUUGCCUCGGAACCCUUAAAUCUUAUAACACAACCAGCUGACAAUGUCAACGACACUACCACAACAACAACGACCCUAUCGACCAGUAUCAUGCCAUUCCGGGCACCCCUGCCCGUCGGCAGUCGUCCCUCCUACUCACAUGCCCCGCCCCAGCACCAGAGCUAUGCCGCCUAUGUGGCAGCCAUCAAGCUAAGCCAAAAGUCCCCACAUGCCGGCAAGCUGCAGCUGACGAAGGGCAAAUGUUGUCCCCAGAAGCGAGAGUGCCCCUCCUCGCAGUCGGAGGUCUCCGACUGUGGCUAUGCCACGCAGGUGGAGAACCAAGAAUCAGUGUCCACCUCCAGCAAUGAUGAUGACAUGCCGCAGGGCAAGCCACUGCAUCAGAAGCCGCCAUGCAACACAAAGCCCAGGAAUAAACAGCGUCACAUUCUCACUCCCCUCGACAAGAAGGAGCUGCGACGCAAGAAGCUAGUGAAGCGCAGCAAGAGUAAUCUCAUCAACAUGAAGGGACUUGUGCAGCAUAUACCCACUGAAGAUGAUAUUGCCAAUCUACUCAAAGAGUUCACUGUGGACUUUCUCCUCAAGGGCUACAAUUAUUUGGUGGAGGAGCUGCACGCGCAAUUGCUCUCCAAUACGCUACCCAUUGAUACGUCGCACUUUUUCUGGCUGGUCACGUACUUUCUGAAGAUUGCUGCCCAACUGGAGCUGGACAUGGAGCACAUUGACACCAUACUCACCUACGAUGUGCUCAGCUACCUCACCUACGAGGGUGUCAUGCAGUGCGAGCAAUUGGAGCAGAGUGCCAGGCAACGGGACAGUGAUCUGAAGCCCCAUCUGCGGCGCAUGCAUCUGCUGGUGACAGCCAUAAGAGAGUUCCUGCAGGCCAUCGAGACGUACAAUAAGGUUACGCAUCUCUCGGACGAUGAUCGCGAUCAUCUGCGACAGCUGCAAAUCCAAAUAUCGGACAUGACCGAUUUGCAUUGUCUGUUUGUGCUACUGCUGCGCCGCUUCAAUCCCACCAUUCACUCGAAACAGUAUCUGCAGGAUCUGAUUGUGACUAAUCACAUACUGCUACUCAUUCUGGACGAGAGACCAAUGCUGGAUGGAAAGAAGACUGAAAAUCUAACACAGCACAUUGCACAAUUUGCCACUCUGGAGGUAAUGCAUUACUAUGGCAUCCUUUUGGAGGAUUUUAGCAACAAUGGAGAGUUUGUCAACGAUUGCAUCUUCACCAUGAUGCAUCAUGUGGGUGGUGAUCUGGGACAGAUUGGUGUCUUAUUUCAACCCAUCAUUUUGAAGACAUAUUCACGCAUUUGGGAGACAGAAUACAGUCUAUGUGAUGACUGGUCUGAUCUUAUCGAGUAUGUCAUACACAAGUUCAUGAAUACACCACCCAAAACACCGAUGACCAUACCCACAACAUCGCUGACAGAGAUGACCAAGGAGCAUAAUCUGGAGCAUACAAUAUGCUCUUGGAAUGCCGAUGAGAUGGAUACGCUGUAUUGGUAUUAUGUACAGAGCAAGAGCACCAAUGAUUUGGUUGGAAAAAUCGUUCGACUCUUUAGCAACAAUGGCAAUAAAGUGAAAUCUCGCAUUUCAAUCAUUCAGCAGCUGCUGCAACAGGAUAUCAUUACCCUGCUGGAGUACGAUGAUCUUAUGAGGUAUGAGGAUGCUGAAUAUCAGAGAACCUUACUGACAACACCCACAUCGGUGACCACCGAAUCGGGCAUAGAGAUGAAGGACGGCGGCUUUGGCAGGCCAGCAGAUGAUAUACAGAUUCUUCUCGAUCUAAUCAUUAAAGACAAAAAGAGCCAGCACUUGCAAUGGGUGCAGAAGGUGCUCUUAGAGUGCUGCUACAUCAAGUUGAACAUCAAGUCGGGCAGAAAGAUGCCACACAUUAUGGAGCCGGUGGCCUAUCAUUACAUCAUCAAGCAAAAGUCCAUACCUGUGGUGCAGUGGAACAACGAGCAGUCGGCCACGAUGCUGUAUCAGCCAUUUGUGCUGCUGCUGCACAAGCUUGGCAUUCAGCUGCCAGUGGAUGCGGGCUCGAUCUUUGCCAGGAUACCAGACUACUGGUCACCGGAGAAGAUGUACGAGCUGGCCAAGAAGCUGGGAGCCGUGAAUAAACACGCCCUCAAGUUCGAUGCCACCGAAAUGGAAGCAGCCGCCGCGGCCAGUGCAGCGGCCAGUGCUGCCUCGAUGCAACGCUGCCAUCAUAAUACGGGCCCCCGCAAUUCCCUCAGCUCGCAGAGCAGCCUGGAGGUGGAUCUGGCCGAUACUGACGGGGAACUAUCCCUCAUACCCGAAGUGGACACUGCCGUGGAGAAGGCCCAUGCCAUGGACUCAAGCUCCAGCUCGAACAAUGACUUCUUUGCGGUGCCCAGGGUCAAGUCAGCAAACUCAAUGCUUAGAUAUACACCCGAUCCCACGCCUCCCGUGCCCAAUUGGCUGCAGUUGGUUAUGCGCAGCAAGCGGAAUCCACGCUCGGGUCCACUGCUGGAGAUCAGUGAUUGCAUUUCCAGUGCAGCAACCAUAACCGGCGACGAUGAGAGCAUGGGCAGCAGAUCCCUGUGUCCCACCAUGUAUCAGACGGGACAGAUGAUGGCCAUGACACCCAUGCCCACCAUGAAUAUACCCAUGAGUCCAAUGAAGCCCAUGAAGACCACGAUGCCCCGCCUGCACAGCAUCAUGGGACCGCAUAAUGAGAACAGCAGCAGCUCCGGCUGCGGCGGCACUGUCUACUCCCAGGCGAUGGGCGCACUGAUGACCACCACCGCGGUGGGUGGCGCCAUCAUGCGGGGCGAUGUGGAGGAGGAUGCGGCCAUAAAGUCAUCGUUCGAGAAGCUGGAGGUCACGGGCACACACUUUGCACGGGCCAGCCACUUGGAGGAGGAGUAUAGCGCCAUGGUGGCGGCUGUCUACAAGAACGAGAUCAUCAACGACAAUGUUUCGGUGGCUUCCGAUCUGACGCGAAUGUAUGUGAGCGAUGAGGAUGAGAAACACGAGUUCCGAGUGCCACGCUGUCAUUGAGAAUCGGGAGAGCGCGCGGCGAUAAACGAACGCAAAACGGAGAGAGAGAGUGAAGAGAGAGAGAGAGAGAAAGAGAAUUGAGUGUGAGGCCAACAAAGCUGGACAAAUAACUGUACCUUGAACAAUCGAGUCAAUCAUAAAACGAAAAAACAAACACGUACUCACACACAGAAAGAUAUUUACAGACCAAAACACACAAAACAUAUGGGAACACAAACAAUACCUGAACAAUCAGAUAUGUAAAGAAUAAUGAUAAUACCUGAAGUCAUGAUGGUGGUGUGGCCCCCCAAGAAGAUUAUUUUCUUAGCAUAAAUUAUAUUUAAUUUAGAUUUUAAGCUUAGUACUUAGUUCCGUAUUGUAGUUCGUAAUCGUACACCUAUCACAUGGGCAGUUCCUGGUUGAAUAGUGCAAAUAUACACACACACACACACACACACAGAGAGAAUUAUAUUUACAACAAAAAGUGUAGAAAAGUGCACCACAUACCUAUACCUAGAUACCUAUAAAUAAA